AUGACGAUGAUCGUCACAGCCCGGCUCCUCCUCACCCCGCCUAUCCUGGCCGGAGGAACAGCGGAUGGCGUCGCCAUAUUUCCGAUGCUAGCAGCGACGAUGGCAGUGGUUAUGCGGGCCAAGGAAGAAGUCGAGGCGCCUUUAUCUGAUGACAGUGAUUCCCCCGAAAUGUCCAGCGUUAUGAGCAUCUUCCCGUAA